AUGAGAAAUCUGCAACGGGAGUUGACACAUUUGCCUGAUCGUAUCAAACUGGCGGAGCACGUGCACUAUGUUCUGCGUUGCAAUCAACCGGAGAAGGCGCUGAACCUGUGCCGUCUCGCUUCCAAGGAACAGAAUGUGGUCGUAUCGUGGAACCAUUGCGUCGACUGGCACAUGCAGCGUGGCAAAGUGGACGAGGCCAUUACCAUAUACAACGAGAUGAAGAAGCGCGCACAAUUUCCCGACUCCUACACAUAUUCCCUCCUCCUGCGAGGACUUGCACGUCCACAACGCCACGGCCAAGCGGUGGCACAGAGCAAUGUCAACAAGGCCGUGAGCAUCUACAACAGCUUGAGCAGUCCCACCAGCAGAGUGAGACCCAGCAUACUCCACACCAAUGCCGUCCUCCAGGUGUGCAGUGCCGCGCGCAACACGGAUGCGCUGUGGGGCAUUGUGGCCAAGCUUCCCAAGGGUGAUGGCGGACCGGAUCAAAUCACAUACACCACCAUCCUGAACGCUAUCCGGCUUGGCGCGUUCGGGAAGAACGAGACGCACAUUACCGAGGAUCAGCUGGGAGCGCGCAGGGCGCAAGCGGUGCGGGAGGGUCGGGCGGUGUGGAAAGAAAUCGUGAAGCAGUGGAGACGGGCUAGGAUCGAGGUGGAUUCGGGGUUGGUGCACUGCAUGGGGGCACUGCUGUUGAUCAGUCGUCGACUCUCGGAUUGGGACCAGGUGCUCGAUCUCGUGCAGCAGACUACAGGCAUCGAACGUCUUGUUCCGCCGCUAGGCCAUCCGGAGCGCCAUGCAGGACAUGUCCCCGAGGACCGCCGCCCUUCCGUUGCUGAGGAGAAUCAGGAGGAUGUUGAGCUUACCGACUUUCGUCCGUUUGCCGACGCCGAGGUCGACGCAGAAGGUGAUGGGUAUGAAGAUGCGCCGGCAACGAAAGUCUUCCAGCCCAUAAAACCUCUCCAGGCGCAGUCAGGCAGGGCCGUAAAGCCGAUGGCGUUGCCUUGGGUGAAGCCCGACAACAUGCUCCUGUCACUCAUCGUCGAAGCGUGUACCGCCCUCCGGAUUCCCAAGACGGCCAUGGCUUACUGGAAUCUGUUCGUCAGCGAACACGAAGUCAAACCGGAUCUGAACAAUUUCCACAAUCUUCUCAAACUCAUGUCGUUCAACCGCAGCUCUGCUCAGGCCGCCGCUCUCUUGAAGGAAGGCAUGGCGGCGGCGGGCGUGGCGCCUAAGAAUCAGACGUUUCGGCUUGCAAUGGGUGUCUGCGCAAGGGACCACAAGAACUACAGUGUGCUCACGCACGCGCGCGCCAUCAUCGACGUCAUGGAGCAAACCCAGGCCGAUCUGGACAUCCACACGCUGGUGCAAUACCUCAACCUAGCCCUGACCAGCGAUGACGGGGCGAAACUGGCCGCGGCGCUGAACCGGCUGGAUCCCAUUGUGCACAAUCUGCGCUCAAUGAUGGCUUACGGGGUAGAUUCCACGGAGGAGCGCACGACUCCCCAAGCCUACCUUGUGGUGCAGAAGGAGGAGAUUGUGCAGUUCUUCCAGACCAUGGUCGGCGCCAUCGACACGCUCAUGAACCGCGGUCUCGUGCCGCGCGAAGAGUACAAGGACUGGCACGCGCGACGCUCACAACUGACGCAAGCCAUCGGCCGAGCCAAAAUCAGCAUCGAAAACGCUCGCACCGACAUUGACACGAUGGUGGCGGAACAACGAAAUCGGCGACAAGCGAGGGAAGCGGGGCGAAGGCAGUGGAGAGACAAGAUGGAGAGGAAGGGGCAGGUGGAGCAGAGGAUGAGCAAGACUGAGUGGGAGCUGAAGUCGUUCAGGACGAGGAAGGUGGCGAAUGAGAACAGUCGGGUGAGGUCUGUUGGACUACGCGACUGGACGGUGGAGCAAGCACAGAAGAGGGGGCAUUAUGCAGACAGUCCGAUGGAGCUGGCGACGAUUUACAGGCCGACGUCUGUCUAG